AAAUCGGAACAUAGCCCAUAACUCACAGUAACCCAUAACCUAACUCUACCUCUACUUCAAAAAAAAUUUUUUUUCAACUGAACUGAAAUCGAAAUCCCGGUCUUUUGUUUGUUAGUAGACCUGUCCGUAACCCGUUAUCCCUGUGCUGUCCGUUUCAAUUUCCUAUACAAAUUACUUAUAAACCAGUCAUCAUGGAUGACUUGGAUACCUCACAAGUAGAGGAGGAUAAUCAGGAAACUACCACCAUCAACUUUAAACCAUCCUUUGUAUUGAUAGGCAUAGACACUCAUUCUUCUAUGUUUGAUACCAAACAAGAUGAGGAUGGUAAUGAAACACAUCAUUUUAAGGAUGCUUUAACUGCCUGCUACGAAAUUGCUGAUUCAUUAAUUUUUUCAACAAGUAAAAGUAAUUAUAAUCAGUUUGGGAUCGUUUUAGCCGAUCAAGACCAAAAAGCAACAUUUGUUGAAGUCCAGAACAAUUUGUUAGAUACUGUAAAACUUUUGAAAAAAGAAUGCCUAAAAUCUAAUGAAGACCUUAAAACUCAGUACCAAAGACAAACUGACAUAGAUCUGGCUUCUUUCUUUUUGCUUUGCAAGAAGAAAUUUAAGGAUAUUAAUGCAGCCUAUUACAAAAGAACUCUAAUUUACAUAACCAAUGAUGAUAAUCCCUUAAAAGGAGAUAACCAAAAGAAAUUUGCUGCUUUGAAUGAAGUGAAAACUUUUGAACCCAGCGAUAUAACUUUGGAAUUGAUAACAAUGAAAGAUACUUUUGAUUAUUCCAAAUUUUACAAUGAAUUAUUUCAUUUGUAUUCAAAACCACCUGUUGCUGAUGUAGUUUGUCAAGACAAGGAUGGUUUAGUUGAAAAACUAUCCUCUUCAAUCGUUUUUCGUUACACCAAAAUCAGAUACAAUUUUUAUCCAUUUAAAUAUGAUAAAACCAGAUUUUUAAAAGUUAUCAAAGCUAAUUUUAUACGAGAAGCUAAGUUAUAUAAUACCCAUAAAGCUUCUACUGAUGGCAGAAUGUUGAUAAAAGUCAAAGCAGAUCCCACAUUGGUAAAUCAGGAGGCUCAACAAUUCAAAAUUAUUGAAGGAUUAACAUUGGACCUAAAGGAUAAGUAUGAUAUUUUUGGCAAUGAUUUACCAUUAGGACUGCAUUUACAAUAUGUAUCUAAUAGGCAAACUGAUGUUGGAAUAGUUAUUAAUCAGUUAAGUGUUUUAUUUCUGAAUCCUAAGGAAGAACUUGGAGACUAUUUUGAUCAGUUUUGGCAGUAUUGUGUUGAAAAGAACAAGGUUCUUGUUUGCCUAAAAAAAUACAGCCAUCCCUCGGAAAUAAGAUAUGUAGAACUCAUACCUAAAUAUGCCAACAACCAGAAACUGUUCCUAAUAAAAGACAUUCCAUUUGCUCAAGAACUAAAGAUAGGAAAAGAUGUUAUGAAAGCUGUAUCUCAAACAAAUAAUAAUUCAGGCAAACAAAUAGCUGCAAUAAAACAGUUGAUAGACAAAUUAACACAUGAUUACGAUCCAAGGGCGUUUCCCAAUCCAAGUUAUGGAAAAAAGAAGGCUUAUGUUAAAGCCAAAUUGUUGGAUGAACCAGAAGAAGAAUUUGAAGAUCCUACAGAUAAUGUUGAAGGCAUUAAUGAACAUUUAAAGGAAGUUAUUACUAAUAUUGAAAGAAGCUUUGGUAUUGAUGGUGGGCUUCAGAGCCAGAAUAAGCGGAAAGCGACUGGGUCUGCAGGAUCUUCGAGGGGCAGAAAAGUGGCUAAAUAAUAAUUUAAACCCUAAAAUAUUGGUUGAAAUUACUUUUUUUUUGUAUGUUUCAAGUUGCUUAUGAAGUUUGUAUUAUUUUAGUGUUAAUAAACCUAUUUUUGCAUUAGGUUUGAUUUCUUUAAAGUUUAGCUUAUGUAAAACUGGGCUGAUGUUGAAAUUUCAAAUCUUUGGUAUGAAAAUAUUGUUUUUUUUUUUAACUACUUGACCUGUAAUGGUUAUUUAAAUAACAAGUUUUGAAAACGACUUUUUUCGCACGGCGAGACAGUUUGUUGUACCGAGCGGAGGCAAGUUCCACAAGUCGAGCGAGUGUGAAAAACAGGUUCUCAAAUGAGUUUUUUACAAUGCUUCUCCUACAACUGCAAAAUACAACAACCAAAUAUUUUGUUAGAAAACAAUAAUCAUCAAUAUCAGAAAUUGGUUAUAAUCGCAAUUUAUGCCACGUCAUGUCAUGUCAGGAUGAUAGGACCAAAAUAAAUAAAAAACUAAUAAGCAGCAUGUGAA